AGCUGCUGUACUUUGGAAAAAGUCAAAAUCACAUUAAUACAGAAACCGGCUGAGAAGCAAAGAUGUUUACAUUUCUGUUAAUGCUGUUCUUGGUAGGUUCUAUCUCUGCUCAAGAUAUUGGGGAAGACUAUGAGGAAGACUGUGAUGCCAAAGAAAAUAUAGAGACUUCCCUUCUAAGUGAAGAAAAUUCUGAAGAAUGCCAAAAUGUCUCCAAUAUAGCAUUGGACACAACCGCAUAUCCCAAAAUACAUCCUGGGCAUAGGAGAUGGUACUACGUGUUCUUCAGCUUUUGUACUAACAUUUAUACAGCUCAGAAAUGGUGCAGACACUACCAUGGCAAUCUCAGUUCUAUCCACAACUUGAAAACCAAUAAUUACCUUGCUCAUUUUGCAAGGCAUAUAAACAGAUAUGCGAAAUUCGUCUGGAUUGGUGUGAGGAGAAAUGGAUGGACAUGUCCACUCAGAAACAUAGAUGGCAGUCGACUGGAUUACACCAAUUGGGCAUAUGGGAACCCAAAGAAUUAUCUCCAUCGGUGCACUGCCCUCAAUAUUUACAAUGGAAAAUGGUACUCUUUCCAUUGCUGUACUCGACUGCCAUUUAUGUGCACUGUUCACUAUUAACAAUGUUCUAAAAUUGCUUGCAACGCCGUCUUCUCUACAUUGGUGUUCGGAGAUUUUGUUUAUACAAUGCUAUAAGCACAUUCCCCAAAAAGUUGAAUACAAUGAUUUAUGAUGUGUGUCCCUCACUUGGUUGGUAGUUUUUUGUGUGUUUAGAUAACUAUGCUUGUGCAGGACAUUCUGAAAGAGCUGCCAAGCAGUAUGACAAGCCAUCAAAAUGUCCUGCUUUUUUGGCAAUAGUCCUUAUUUUGGGGUCCUGUCCUUCCUCCCGAUUUAGUUCCUUAUGUCCCACAGUUCAACACAAAUACAUUAUUAGCUGCACCCGCGCAGAGUGCUUCAGCGGCAUUCUCUUCAAUGUCCUAUAUGUAGGGAAGCAGUUAGGAGGCUCUCUGUCAGUUUGACGUAUUUGAUGCCAGGCUGACAUGCCACUUCAAGGUAGUAUCCACCCAUUGUGGGCAUCACCAGUAACACACGUUGCAUUAUUAGUGGCAUCCCCUGAAGGCUAAAUACAAACCUCCUAAUAUUGGUUCCAAAGCCAUACCUCGCAAAGUAUGGUAUGUGGCAUUAUAGGCUUAUUGACACUUGUUCUAGGUUCAUGGCAACAUUCAGUUAAAGGGACAUUCUGGGCACCAAUACAACUUACAUGUAUUUGAUAUAUUGUAUCCUCAUUAACAUGCUGUUUUAUUUGUACAUGCUCAAAUCUUUAUAAUUUUUGCACACCCCAGAGUGCUGCAAAAUGAGCCUGCCUCCUUAGCCACACUCCCUACAUGCCAGAAAAUAUAAACAAAAGUAUGUAAAUAGUCUUAGCCCUAACAGCACUGAGUGAGCGGCUUUUAAUUGAAAACCGGCUGUAGAAAGUCAGAGAAACUACAUACAGGUAAUGAUAUCCUUACUACAUGCCUCUCUGGGUGUCCUCUCCUUCUAAUGUAGGUUGUUUAAAUCAUUAAGUGCUGUCAGUAGCCAAGCCGUGUGCAUGCUUUUUGAUAAAGAAGUAUUUUCCUGGAUAGUGGGGGUGUAGGCAAAGAGGCACAAGUAAUGUUCAAAAUAUUUAUUUAAGCAAAAAAUACAGCACAUUAAUGUGGCCAAAACCUCAAAAAGUAGUAUUAGUGUCUGGAGUGUCCCUUGAAACAUAACAUUUCUAAUUACUCCCAGGCAGCUGAAUUAUGUGACUCACAAAAACAUUAUUUUGAAAUUAUUGGUGUCCCAUCAUCCCUUGGACACCAAGUAACUGUCCCCAGCAAGUGCAAUGCAAGCAGUUCAAAGGCACCAACAGCUCUCAGUCAGCCUGGAGUGUAUUCAUGCCAGACGCGUAUGCUUCAUCUUUGGGUGUCCCUGUCCAUUUCUAGGCAGGACUGCCCAUUUUGGGCAUUGCCAGUGAUCUAAGUGGUGUUACUGGCAACGCCCCUUUAGGCCUCUACACCUCCUGUCUUGAGUUUAUAAGUGCUAAUGUUAGGAGUCAUGCUGAUGUAUAUGGAUACCUGUGCUGUCAGUUUCUGCUUGCAAAAAGACCAUGUCUGAGAACUCUGUAAAUGAGCUGAGAUUUGUAUGAACAUAAAUGCUUUACCAAUGCACUAUUAAAAAUUCAUGCAACAACUC